UCCUUCUGGCAGCCAAUUUCUCUUUUACCUAUCAAAGGUUGUAUCAGGGUCACCUCUUAGCAGGUGGAAGAUUAUCCCUUAAUGCAUUAGGAGGGGAAUGGGUUAGCUGCCCCAUAGUCUCUUUCCUUUCCACAAACUGAGCUGAGAUUAUAGGCUUAGCUAAAUUUCCAGCGAUCCUGCCAGAGAAGGGAAGAAGGAGAGCGCAAGGAAGUUAGGCUUCGGUGUUGUGGGGGUUAAAUGAUGAUGCCUGAUUAGCUGCUUUGGAAAAGGGGGAACAAGGCUCAACCUGCUCUCAGAUGGAAAGAAGCAACGGAUUAACUUAGCAGACUCUGCCGCAGGAUGUUAAGGACAAUGAAAUCUGGCUCUCUAGCCUCAUCCCUCUGAGAUGUCCUAAACCUCCAGUUUAGGCUUCCAAUCCUGAGUCAGAUCCAUCCUACCUGGCUUCGUCCCCCAACUGGCAGGUUCCCCACAAUCCUUCUCCACCCAUAUACAGAUCUCAUCUUCCGUCUCCCACCAUGCCUUGCAAACUGGGCCCUGAGCUUCUUUAGCUGUGACUAUUCAACACUGAGCUGUGCUACCCUGCUCUUCUUUCUGCCGGUCCAUCUGCACAGCGCAGUCCACUGUCUCUUUAAGUUGCUCCCGCACUGUGCUGACAGCUGCUCCCCCUCCCUCCCUCCCUCCCUCCUUCCUUCCCCCGACUGUGUCUCUCUCUGUGUCUGUCACAGCAGCUCUGCUAGGGACCAACCCUCCCACCGCCAUCCCCCCUUCCCUCUCCAUCCCCCCUUGUCCCCUGGGGGACCAUGAGCCUUCCUCGUGGACACCCGGAGGGAUCCCAGCCCCACUGACCCUCCCCCUCCUCCGCUCUGCCCUCCUUCCUCCUCCUCCCCCCAUCACCCCAACCCUGCAGCCUGAGCGAGAUGUUUCACGCCUUGGUAGCAGGGACCAUUGUCUUUCCUGGCCUCUUCCUGUUGUCCAAGAACGGCCUCAAGUGGCUACCGGGCCUGCGAUGGGAGGAGGCUGACGCGGUCAUCGUCUCAGCCAGGCUUGUCUCCUCAGUGCAGGCCAUUAUGGCUUCCACAGUUGGCUACAUCAUCUCCUCAUCCUGCAAGCACAUUAUCGAUGACCAGCACUGGCUGACUUCCAACUACACCCAAUUUGCCGUCCCCUACUUCAUCUACGAUAUCUAUGCUAUGUUCUUAUGCCAUUGGCACAGGUACCAGGUCAAAGGGCAUGAGUCAAGAUGCGUUGAGGCCCAGACGCUGCACACUGCCAUCCGUGCCUACUUGCACAAGGAAUUACUGAUGGUGAUUCACCAUCUUUUCAUGGUGUUGGUUUGCUUCCCUGUGUCCGUGCUGUGGCGUCAAGGCAAAGGUGACUUCUUUCUGGGUUGCAUGUUGAUGGCUGAACUCAGCACCCCCUUUGUCUGCCUGGGCAAGGUUCUCAUCCUGUACAAGCAGCAGCACACUCUUCUCCACAAGGUGAAUGGCAUGGCCAUGCUACUCACAUUCUUUUGCUGCCGAAUCCUGCUCUUUCCAUAUAUGUACUGGGUUUAUGGGCAAUAUGCUGGCUUGCCCUUCUACCGUGUACCCUUCUCCAUCCCUGCCGAGUACAACUUGGGAUCGGCCAUCCUCAUGGCUCCCCAGAUAUAUUGGUUUGGCCUCAUCUGCCGCGGAGCGUUCCGUGUCUUCCGUGCCCGGGGUACCACCAAGGAUCAAGUAGUGCGAAACGGGCACAGGAUGGAUACCCAGGCACUGGACUAAUGGCUCUCUUGCCCCCUCCCACCGCUGCAAACGGACAAGCUGCCUUUUCCCCCUAUGACUUAUUUAUUGGGGUGAUGGGAGGGAGUGGGGAAGCUGGCUCCUAGGCCAAAAGGGAAAUGGGAGGGUCUGGGAAGGGGGGAUGUCUCAAAGGAAGUCUUUAGAGGGCAUAAAACCAAAGUAUUCCUUGGUUUGCUAUGUGGAUAUCCUUUGUCAAAGGAAACCCUCUAAAUUUGCAAUGCUGUCAGUAUUUUGAAAUGUUUAUGAGUUGGGUAGGGUUUGAACCAGAGUGUAAUCCUAAACCAAUGGGAAUACUGAGGUUAUCUAUGUUGGGAGAUAUUCAGGCUAGUGGGGCACAAGUAGAUCAAGAAUCAACCGGAUGUGGGCCUGUAGAGCAAAACUAGGUUUCUAAUGCAUCAGGACUCUGCCAAGCUGAAGAAUGCAUAGUGGCUAUUGCUUGCUAGACUAUGAUUAGAUAACCUAAAAUUUUCUGAGCAUUGCUAACCAAGGAGAGACCCAUGUGGCUUGCAUGGGGUGAUACUAUUACCUGAAAGCAGGGGUUAUACCAUUGGAUAGCAAGAUUAAGUCAAAUUCCCCCCAAUCCUAUUUUCUUUAGAGUUGCAGAAUCUCUAUCACAUGUAAACAUGAUGGAGAAAAAUACUGGGUUUGGCUUGCCCUCACCCCAGGCAGCAAUAGGGGACCUAUCAGCAGAAUUAGUUAUAUUUGUAGAAUAACCAAUAAGGAAACACUUAUCAUUUUUUUGGAUGCUAGUAAAAUACAUGGUCUUCAGUAUUACUGGAAUGUCAUCUACCCAGGAUAUUUAAUUCAUUCAUAUGUGGGUGUGGAUGUGAGCACACACACACAAACACACAUUUAUCCUCUGUAGCAAGAUGAUCAGAGGGGUGCUGCUUAAAAAACACGUCUCCUCCUCCCCAUAGCAAUAACCAAGCAGGGGAAACACAUAUUCCUCUCCUCUUGACAUCUUCCUCUGUUCGGCACAGAAUCCCUUCAUUGCUCACUCCUGGACCCUUUUUCACUUCAUAGGGCAGGAAUCUAGCUGUAAAUAAAGAGCAGGGGGGGAAUGUAUUUAUAACCCAAGGUCUGCCAAGUAUUAAAGGAGCCUUUAUCUACUGUCAGCAGA